AUGGAAGGGAUUUUACAGUUCCGAAACACGUCAAAUUCGUUCACUUUCAGCACCCCGCAAAAGUGGCAAAUUGUCGACAACAUUUUUUCGUCUGAGCCCCGACAAAACGAAGAAAAGCAGAUUUUUUUUAUUUCUGACAUCGAAACAAUUGCUCUUCACAAAAGUUUCAAAAAAUUGGAAAAGUGUUAUUGGACAAAACUAAUUUGUAGCCCGAAAAACGCAAUUCGCGAUGAAACACAAGCCAAAUUGAAAUUACUCUCUCUAGAAAUACAUAACUCUCCUACACAAGAAAUGUCGUCUUUUAUUCAAAGUUCAAAAUUAAAACUUUCGGUUGACCCAAACACUAACCAAAUGACACUCUCAUCAAAUUAA